CCGGAGGCGCGCCCGCCACUCGCUCCUCCCGACGCGCUGAGGGCGGGCGCUCCCGGCCGCGCUCCCAUCGGCGGAAGUGUCGCUGCCCCAGUUCCGGCGAACGGGUCGCGCCGCCGGGACGGCACCGGGCAUGGCGCUGUGGUCGCCGCGUUCCCGGGACGGCGGCGCCCCGGAGGGGGAGGAUGAGGAGCGGGCACAGGCUGCCGCCUUCCGCCAGCGCUUGCCGGAGGUGCAGACAUACAGCCAAGGGAUUGAAUUAGCCUGCCAAAAAGAAAGAGAGUUUGUGAAGCAUUCUGUAGAAUGCACAUGGAACCUAGCAGAAGCCCAGCAAAAAUUUGGUAGUUUAGCACUGCAUAAUUCAGAAUCCUGCGAUCAGGAAUCUGCUCAAGCAAGGACAGAAGCUGCCGAGUUGAGAUGGAGAGAGGAAGAGUGGAGAAGAAAAGAAGAAGCACUAAAGCAGAGGGAACGACAGAAUCUAUGGAACACAGAUCCUGUUAGUAAAGAAGUCUUUAAUAAGAGUUUUAUUAAUCAAAAAAGAAAAGAAAUUGAAGAUGAAGCUGUGUCUGAACCACUUAUGCAAAAACAUGAACAAAAGAUUAGACACUUUGGCAUGCUGAGCAGAUGGGAUGAUAGUCAAAGGUUUCUGUCUGAUCACCCAUACCUUGUAUGUGAAGAAACAUCUAGGUAUCUCAUGUUGUGGUGUUUUCAUCUAGAAGCUGAACAGAAAAGAGCCCUGAUGGAGCAAGUAGCACACCAGGCAGUUGUAAUGCAGUUUAUUAUAGAAAUUGCCAGAAGCUGCAAUGUGGAUCCAAGAGGAUGUUUUCGUCUCUUUUUCCAAAAAGCCAAAACAGGAGAAGGCUACUUUGAGGCCUUUAAAAAUGAACUUGAGGCAUUCAAGACGAGAGUGAGAAUCUGGUCACAAUCACAUGGCUUUCAAACAAUGUUACUCCAUGAUCUCAAUGUCAGUCCUGGUUGCAUGGGAGAAUGGACAUCCUUUUUACAGAACACAGGAGAUCUACAAGGUUCCAUAAACACAGAUGCCUGCAGUUUCAACUCUGUGAUACAAAGAGAUGAAGAAGAAUCCAAAAUGAUGGACACAUUAUAGUACUUUUGAGACUGAGGCCAAGUACUCUCUUAUUUCCCCUUUGGUUUUUUUUUUUUUUCCCAAAGAAACAAACAUGGCUAUUUUCUUGACACUUAUUUUUCUGGGUACUGCACUUUAUUUUUCGUGUCAGAUUUUUGUUGUUUUUGUUUGACUGGGGAUGGGGAGGGACUUUGAAGGGUGGGUAAUUAAGAAAAAACUUGUAAUAUUGUUUGAAAUGUGCUGCUAGAUUUUUAGUUGUCCUUGAAGAGCAGGGUUCUUAUAUUGCCGAAUGUGAAACUGGAUGUGUUUUCUGCUACUAACCUUGCCUUUCAUGAUUUUAGAAAUUAAACAUCUGCACAAAUACAAUGUUUACAAGAAGCAGCAGAUUCUUGCUAGAAUCUGCUAUUGUCUUACUACAGAUGUGGAUAUGUGGAGAUUGCAACUGUAUUCAUGCUACCUUGCUGACAGUAUAAGCUCUCAAAUUUGGUUAUCACUAAUAGCAAUAAAUCAGUAUCUGGUAUCAGUA